UGGGUCCAUUGUUGUUGUCGCCGCGGCGCUGCGUGUUCGGUCCCCGCGCGUCCCCCGGCCUCGCUCCACGGCGCCCAGGGCAAAGGGGCUGAGGUCCCCCCCCCCCAACCACCCCGCCUCCCACCUGCUUUCAAUUAACCCCACGCAGUGCAGGAGGCUGAGGGUUGGGGGGUGCAUGCCCACGUGCAUCCUCCUCGAGGAUGAGCUGCGAAGUUCCGCCAAACUUCUCGCUUCUCGAAAUGGGGCUCCCGCCCCAAAGCAGAGCGGUUUCCCCCCUCGCGCAUGUUUGCUCCUUGGCUGCCCGCUUCGCAGGGAGGCUCCCGACGGUCCGUUCCUUCUUGCAGCCCUGAUCCGAAUCCAGCCCCCGAAACCCGAUGACUGUCGCAGCUGCGGAGAGGGCUGCGGCUGGGAGUGGAUGUCGGCAGGGGAAGACUGUGGCUGUUCUAGCAGGGCUGCUGUGCUGCAUUGCGGCCCGGACGGAGCAGGACCCCAGCGCAUCAUGCAGCGUGGGACGGAGACGCGCAACCCCACGGAGGUGCAGAUGAGCCAGAUGGUGCUGCCCUGCCACACCAACCACUGUGGCCAGCUUGGUGUUGGGCAGCUGCUCAAGUGGAUCGACACUGCAGCCUGCCUGUCUGCCGAGAGACACGCUGGCUGCCCCUGCGUCACAGCUUCCGUGGACGAUAUCUAUUUUGAGCACACGAUUAGUGUUGGGCAAGUUGUGAACAUCAAAGCAAAAGUAAACCGAGCCUUUAACUCUAGCAUGGAGGUUGGGAUCCAAGUCAGCUAUGAAGAUCUCUGCAGUGGCGAGCAGUGGAAUGUAUGCAAAGCUUAUGCCACUUUUGUUGCACAACGCACAUCAAACACUAAGAUUAAACUGAAGCCAGUGAUUCCUCAGACAGAAGAGGAGAAGACCGAAUACAGCAUUGCAGCUGAGCGCCGCCGCAUGAGGCUGGCCCACACUGAUACCAUCAAGGAUCUUCUUAGCAACAGCUCCCUCCAAGCUGAGCGUGAGACCGGAGACUGCAAGACUAUGGUGCCUGCUGGACAGACCAGGGUGGAGAGUGUGGAACUAGUGCUACCCCCUCAUGCCAAUCAUCAGGGAAACACCUUUGGUGGGCAGAUCAUGGCCUGGAUGGAAAACGUCGCCACGAUAGCAGCAAGCCGGCUGUGCCAUGCCCACCCAACUCUGAAGGCCAUAGAAAUGUUCCAUUUCAGGGGACCGUCUCAAGUCGGGGACCGCCUCCUGCUAAAAGCUAUUGUUAAUAAUGUAUUCAAAAACAGCAUGGAGGUUGGGGUAUGUGUAGAAGCCUACGGACAAGAAAUGGAAGUGAGUCGAAGACAUAUCAACAGUGCCUUCAUGACCUUUGUAGUCCUAGAUGAAGAGGGUCAGCCCCGUACCCUUCCAGUGGUUGUGCCAGAACCUGGGGAUGGAGAAAGAAGGUACAGAGAAGCUAGUGCUAGGAAGAAAAUUAGACUGGACAGGAAAUAUGUCAUUUCCUGCAAACAGACUGAAGUCCCGCUGUCUGUGCCCUGGGACCAAAGCAACAAGGUUUAUCUGAGCUACAACAACGUGUCUGCGCUGAAGACUCUUGUAGCGAAAACGAACUGGGUACUCGCCACAGAGAUAGACAAGGUUAAGAUGUACACGGUGGAGGAAGACAAAUUCCUCUCCUUCCGGAUAGAGAUGACCGUGUCUAUGGCUGCCUGGCAGGCCUUCUUGCUUCUCUCUGACUUGAGGCGGAGGUGUGAAUGGGAUGAUCACUAUGCGAGUGCAGAACUGGUCCAGCAGGUUGACGACGAUGACGUGAUCUACCAUGUGCUCAGUCAGACCAACAGCCUAGAAAACAAACCUCAAGACUUCAUCAUCUUGGCUUCGCGAAGAAAGCCUUGCGACAAGGGUGACCCAUAUGUUGUUGCGUUCCGGUCAGUCACGCUGCCCACCUGCCCGGCAAACCCCAAGUAUACCCGAGGGGAGACGCUGUGCUCAGGCUUUUGCAUUUGGCAAGAGACAGAGGAGCUGACCAAGGUGGCCUAUUACAACCAAGCUACUCCAGGAUACCUAAACUACGUCACUGCUAACAUCGCAGGACUAUCAUCAAAUUUCUACUCCACCUUUGAAGCCUGUGAGAGAUUCCUGAUGAGGAACAAAGAUGAUAUCAGAGUCGGGCUCCAGAAUCUGUAAUUGUCCACACUGCUUCCACAAUGCCUUUGGGAUUGUCUUAUGCACAUACUGAAGCUAAUGAUCUAGGUGAAAGAGGAAAUUGGCCUUCUUCAAAUGAGUGAUUAGUUAGAUACAGCUGGUGGCACUGCUAGUAAAGAACAGUAGUUUUAAAUCCACCUGCUGCAGUACGACUAACAUGAGCUCAGACUCCAACAUGCUUGAUGGUGGUAAUCAGAAAAGAGAAGGGAGAUGAACACUUAUAAGAAGACCGGGGUCAACCUCUGUGUCAGUUGUAAGGUCUCUGGUGGGUCUGGCGUGUUCAUCUGAGUGCAAAAUUUGGCCCUCCAAGAAACUGAAGCAAAUAAGGUUGGCCAAAGGGCCCCCGUGUUGGCCAGUACUGUCAUCCAGCCAUUGGCCUUGCACUGAAAGAGGAAAGUGUAAUCUAUUGAACUGAAAAGGAUUUUUUAAAAUGCUGUAACCUCGUGUACAGGAAUUAACUUUUCUAGCAACAUCUGUCAAACGUGAACCUUUGAAUGAAAAUAACCACUAUUCAGAGGA